GUUUCUUGAAGUAGUAGAAGAGUGAGAGAUAUGGCAGAAACAAGAAUAACAGGCGCAGGUGGAAUAGUGGAUCAGAGGAAUCCAGCAUUGACAGCAGAGGCCCCUCUUGCCCCAAUCACUACUCAGCGCAAAGUUAGAACUGACUUGGAAACUUCUAUUCCUAAGCCUUAUAUGGCUAGGGGAUUGGUUGCUCCGGAUAUGGAGCAUCCCAACGGAACUCCUGGGCAGAGUCACAAUGGCAUGAGUGUUCUUCAGCAGCAUGCAGCCUUCUUUGACCAGGACGAUAAUGGCAUUAUUUAUCCAUGGGAAACAUACUCAGGACUUCGUCAAAUUGGUUUCAACAUGAUUGGGUCAUUCAUAACGGCUAUUAUGAUCAAUGCUGCUUUGAGCUAUCCUACUCUUCCGGGAUGGUCUCCUUCUUCGUUCCUUCCCAUAUACAUUCAUAAUAUACACAAGGGAAAACAUGGAAGUGGUUCGGGGACGUAUGACAGAGAAGGCAGGUUUUUGCCAGUGCACUUUGAGAACAUCUUUAGCAAGUACGUUCGCACAAUGCCUGAUAAGCUUACUCUUGGAGAAUUGUGGGAUAUGACUCAAGCCAGAAGAGAAACAUAUGAUUUUUUUGGUUGGAUUGCUACAAAAAUGGAGUGGGGACUUUUGUAUCUUCUUGCUCGAGAUGAAGAUGGGUUCUUAUCGAAAGAGGCUAUAAGGCGAUGCUUCGAUGGGAGUUUGUUUGACUAUUGUGCCAAGGAACAAAUGGGAGGUGACAAUGCUAAGCAAGAAUAGGAUCACUUAGAAUUAUAAAUGCUAGUGUUUUGAUAUAAGAUGUAAAAGUCUAGCCUUGAAUCUUGUAUUUUGGCAUACAUGUUUAAACAGUUUUCCGUCUCAA